GGUUGUGUUUCACUUUACCCUGAUUCUUCCUGAGUCCUGUGCACCCAAGGGUCCCUCAGAGAUCCUCCUCUCCUGCCUGGUGGCUUUGCUGGUCUCACUUCCUGGAGGGAAUCAGGCCAUGGCUUGGAUCCUGCUUCUGCUGCUGUCAGCUGCAUGCCUGCAAGCUGGUUACUCAGCAGGAUCCAACAGAGAAAGACCCUUUGGGGUCAACCAACCAGCACGCCUCUCUGGUGUCCAGGGCGGCUCCAUCGAGAUCCCCUUCUCCUUCUACUUCCCCUGGGAGUUGGCAGAGGAUCCACAGAUGAGGAUUCUCUGGAGAUGGAAGCACUUCCAUGGAGAACUUAUCUACAAUUACACCCUGCCUUUCAUACAUAAGCAUUUCAAGAACCGGCUCAUCCUGAACUGGACACAGCCUCAGACAUCCGGAGUCCUCAGAAUCCUGAACUUGAAGAAGAAGGACCAGACAGUGUACUUCUGCCGAGUCCAUCUGAACACAAGACAUGGCGUGGAGGAGUGGCAGUCAAUCAGUGGGACCCAACCUACCAUCACUCGUGGUGAUCACAUCCCAGCCCCCAAGACCACCUCAGCAAGCCCCACCACUGCAACUUCUGCACUCACCAGAACUGCCCUCACAGACACAGAAGGGAAGAAGAGCGGACAGAAAGAGAGCCUGGGUCCGGGAACCACAGUUGGGUUGGCAGUGGCUGCUGCUGUACUCCUGGCUGGGGUUUUGGGAGUGAUGGUGUUCCUCAGGUGGAGGAGAAGGAAAGGACAGAAGACCAAAGCCGAAACCUCAGCCAGGGACCUCAUUGAAAACACUGAGGAUGUUGAACCUGAAGAACAAUAUGUGAACCCCAAAGAGAACCCCAAGGAUAACAACAUCGUGUAUGCCUCCAUUGCCCUCUCAAGUCCAGUCUCCCCAGGAACACCACCUUGCCAGCCUGUCCAUGGGAACCCCCAGGAAGAGACUGUGUACUCCAUCAUAAAGGCCAAAUGAGUGGGUCUGGGUGACAAUCUCAGAGUCACCUGUGCUUCUAGUAAGAAGACUCCAUUUACACUGAUACCCACAGCCAGAGACAAAAUCUCAUGGGUCACUGAUAACCAUGGACAGAGUCACAAAUCCACAUGUCAGGGCGUUUGAGCUCAGAGAAACUGAGGAACUCCCAAUUUCCUUUUUUAACCUCCUAGAUCUUCCUCACAAAAUAAAACAAUCCACAGAAUUUGCCUAAAUGAAUCUAAUUAGGAGUCACUCAUGUGAACCUUAUCUUCUGGCCCUCUAAGAUCCCCUCCUCUAUCACGUUUUUCUAGCUGCCCAAGGCAGGGGAUGCCCGAAUGCUGACAG